AUGUCAUUAGAUGAUUCAGAUAUAACUGAACAAAAAGCUUCAAUUAGAAGUAAUAGUCAGUCUUCGGUUGUUCCAUUAAUUGAUGUUAUCGAUGAUGAAGAUACAAAACUUUUAUCAUUAAGGAAUGAUUAUUUAGAAAAUGUUAAUAAUUCUAGUUUAUCACCACAAUCAUUGACACAAACGCUCGAUGGUCAAACCCUAAUAUCAAUUCAAAAUAUUCACGAAUGGUUUCCGUGGUCAUAUAUGAAUGUACUAUUUGGUGGUGUAUUACUAGGAGUAAUCUCUAUUCUAUGUUCGUUUUGUGUCCAUAAAUAUAAAAACAAAAAUAAUUAUAAAUGUGCAAAGCGUUGGUCAAACAUAACAUUAGUUUGGAAUAUCAUAGUAACAUUAGGAUCUCUAAUUAUAGUGACUCUUUUCAUCAAAUUUUCGUAG